GAUAGUUGUCUUGAUGUUUGUUUAUACAAGUAGGGAAAUCCCCUGACGACCUCUAGCCUCAUGGAAGGAGCUGUGGAUGUCGAUGUUGAAUUUGAUGGAGAUUCUGACAUUUUAGCAGCAGGCCAAGACUUCAGCAGAGUAGCCAGAACCCAUACCAAGGCUGGUUACAAAGAUGGCUGUGCUGGAGGUCACGAUAUCGGUGUACAGGAGGGCUUUAUUGAGGGCCUGAGAGUUGGUUGCCAAGAGGCAUUGCACUGGGGAAGAGUCAAGGGAACUAUUCAGGCAAUGCUGCUUCUGUGUCAACCUGACUCAGACGCUUGUGCAGAAUUGAUGCAGCUAUUGGAAGAAUUGGAGGUCAAAGAUCAGAAGCAGUUACCCGUGUCUCAACAAGACACUGAGACGUGCUUGCGGAUAGGGGAUGUGAUGAACUUUGAACCUAGCGAUGAACUGAGAGAAAUAAUUACUAGAUUAGAUGCAAUUAAAGAAUCAUUUUUAUUGUAAUAUGUAUUCAUUUUGGUGGUUUUAUAGUGAAGGAAAAGAAAUAUCAAGCCAAGAAAUAAAA